AUGCAUCAAGUCUUCCGUUCAGCCUUGUUCAACUUCGAGUUCCUUCGCGUCCUAGGCGCCAGUCCGUAUCAUGGCGCCGACAUCUGCGAGUGCCUCGAAGCCGCGGCCCGGAUCAAGGAUGGCGAUCCAGAGAGCUGGUAUCACGCCUGGCACGACAUGGGAGCCAAGGCCAUGUGCGUGGCCAAGGAAGCCCAGGCCUGUAAUGACCGCGUCGCGGCGCGUUGGGCAUACUUGCGGGCUUGUUCCUAUUUUCGAGCCAGCGAGUUCUUCCUUCACUGCAACCCUGACGAUGAACGCAUCCUAGGUGCGGCUCAGGAGAGCGUCGAUGCCUUCGACAAGGGCUGGGUUCUGCUGGACGCGACUGUGCACAAGGUCAACAUUCCCUUCGAUCAAGGGCUGUCACUGCCCGGCAGGCUCUAUCUGCCUGCUUCAGAUCAGAGAAUCUCGGCCGAGAAGAUCCCCAUCAUUCUCCAGACUGGAGGAUUCGACUCGACGCAAGAGGAACUCUUCUUCUAUGGUGCAGCAGGCGCUCUUCCGCGGGGCUAUGCCGUCCUAAGCUUCGACGGGCCGGGCCAGGGGUUGCCCCUUCGAAAAGACAAGCUACGGCUCCGCCCAGACUGGGAAUCCGUCACGAGCAAGGUCAUUGACUUUCUCGUUGAUCGGUUGGCACCGGAGCACGACCUCGACACCAACAGACUCGCCAUCUACGGGGCAUCGUUGGGGGGCUACCUGGCGUUACGGGCCGCAGCAGACCCGCGCGUCAAGGCGUGUGUGUCGUGCGAUGGGCCCUAUGAUCUCUUCGACGUCACGCGCAGUCGCAUGCCGUCCUGGUUCAUCAACGGCUGGCUCAGUGGCUGGCUCAGCGACGGCUUCUUCAACUGGGUCGUCGACCGGCUUGCCGCUACCAAUUUUCAAAUGCGAUGGGAAUUUGGCCACAGCAAAUGGGUGUUCGGUGCCGCGAAGCCGGCCGAUGUCAUGCGGGCCAUGCAGCGCUUCACCCUCAAGGACGGCGAGACAGACCUUUUGGCUAGACAGCGCUGCCCGACGCUCGUCACGGGGCCUGCCGACUCGUUCUAUUUUACGCCGGCUCAAAAUGCAAACCGCAUCUUUGCCGGGUUGACGCAGCUCGGUCCGACCGAAAAGCGACUGUGGAUUCUGGCAGCGGCAAAGCUCAAUGGCCUUGAUAUUGAAAUCGCAGAGUACCAGCAUAUGGUCACGAACCGGACACCCGAGUUCCUUUCCAAGUUCCCAGGGGGCAAAGUCCCCGCCUUCGAGGGUUCCGAUGGCUUCUGCCUAGCCGAGUCGGACGCCAUUGCACAAUACAUAGCACAAUCCGGGCCCCGCAAAGAUCAGCUCCUUGGACGAGACGCCGCGACAUGCGCGCAGAUCCGGCAAUGGAUAUCCUUCACCGACGGCGAGGUGACGCCCUUUGUCCUGGAUCUCGUCAUCUGGAGAGUGGGCUAUGGGCCGUACGACGACGAGACGGAAGCCAAGGCUCUCGCUCGCCUCGAGUACGCCCUUUCCGUUCUUGACAAGCAUUUGAAUGGUCGAAGCUGGCUGGUGGGCGAGGAGCUCAGCCUCGCUGACCUGACGUUGGCGUCUGCUCUUCUCUGGGCCUUUCUUCAUCUUAUCGACGGUGAGAUGAGACAAAGGUUUCCCAGUGUUGUGGAGUGGUAUCUAAGAUCUAUUACUUCCGAGGAAGUCAAAGACGUUUUCGGAUCCCCGGAUUUGAUCUCAGUCAGGCGUGUUAAUACAGAGGAAUGA